UAUUGUCGGUUAGGUCAAAAAGUAUUUCUGGUACUGGUAGGCUAGAGGGUAUAAAAAGAAAGAUUAAGAUAAUAAAUAAAUUCUAGAGAUUCUAGAUUUCUAGGUCUCUGCAGUGCAAGACUGUAUCUCCAAUCCAAAGUCCGCAAAGCAUUUCAUGCCAAGAGUAAAGUACAAGUUAACAAGUAGAAAUAUCAUCUAGCUAGAUCUACAAUCAACCAUCAUUUCAUUGUCUGAUAAUUCAAAAAGUAGGCAAAAUAAAGAUCAAGAGGAUGCCAAAAUUUUAUGAAGACAUAGAAGUAGAAAAAAGUAAAAAGAAGGUAGCUUGUGAAGAUCUGCGUGAUGACCUGUUGGAAUGCCUACAAAAUACUGACUGUGUCAAAAAGGAUAAAAAAACACCACGAGAUUGUAUGCGUCUAGAAUCCCUGCCUCAGCAAUGUGCAGUGUUAAGAAAUAGCUUUUUUGAAUGUAGACGAUCCAUGUUAGACAUGCGAAAUCGGUUUAGAGGAAGAAGGUAUUAUUAAAUGUUUCAAAUCUGUUCUGAUUGGCUGUGAUGAAGACUGAGGUGCAUUGUUGAGAAGUACGAGCAAGAAUGUUAUUUUGUAUCGUCAAUGUAUGCUGAGAUUUUUCUUUAAAUAAAAUGUAAUCAACACCAU